GAAAAUUCCAUAAGAGCCAUGGGCCGAGAGUGAGUGGGGCACACCAUGGGACGAUUAGCUAACGAGCAAUGAUACCUUGAUAUUGUCGUUAUGGGCUAGGUUAGGGUAAUAUGUGUACGUUAUGAUGUUAUGGAGUAAUCGAAACUAUCAAAGUACCUACCAGCCUAUUAGGGCUGCAAGGUAACAUGUAGGCAUAAUAAAUCUGACAACCGGUAAUAAAUAAUACCGCUCAGCAUUUAAAAGCUCGACCUCCUCCACAAGGUCAGCAAUAGCGUCGGCCCAAAAGCUGUGUUUAGUACCAUAAACCGGCUAUUAUUUUUCACGCUAUCGACCGACCCGCAAGCUCUACGCGGGAUUGUCUGCCAAGAUGACGUCGGAUUUGGAGAAGCUCGACUCGGAAAAGGUCGAGAAUAGACCCGGGCUUGGCGUCGGCCGGAGAGAACGAGGAGGUUCAUACACCUCGUCCGUGACACGAGUGCGCUCGAAUAAUGGACAUGGAUGUGCCGACUUGGAAGAGAGCGACGAUAUCGACGACGUGGACGAUGAAUUCGCCCCUGAGGUGCCUCGCGCGGAAAAGGACCCGUUCGAAGUGGCCUGGGAUGGCGACGACGAUCCGCUCUGUCCCCGAAGCAUGAGCUUAAUUCGCAAGUGGAUGGUGGUGAUAACCGUGGGUUUGGGAAGUCUUUGUGUAACGUGUACGAGUUCUAUCUAUGCGUCAACGUAUACCCAGAUGAAUGCAGAGUUCCAGAUAUCCAGUAUUGUCGGCACGCUCGGAUUAUCACUUUUUGUCCUAGGCCUUGCUCUCGGGCCAUUACUCAUGAGCCCCAUGAGCGAGUUCGUCGGCCGAAGGCCAAUCUACCUCGCUUCCUGGGCCAUGUUUCUGAUAUGGCUUACCCCAAGUGCCGUCGCCCGCAAUGCUGAGACAAUGUUGAUUGCUCGAUUCCUGGACGGUUUCGCUGGCAGCUCAUUUCUCAGCGUCGCCGGAGGUACUGUCAGUGACGUGUUCAGGCGGGACCAGAUCCAGGCGCCAAUGGUUAUCAUUUCGCUGAGCCCCUUCGUCGGUCCUAGUAUGGGCCCUCUGCUCGGAGGGUUCAUCAACUAUUAUGCGAACUGGAGGUGGACGUAUUACGCCAUGAUUAUCUGGGCCUCUUUACUGCUCCUCAUGAUCAUUUUCUUUGCGCCUGAGACGUAUCACCCAAUCAAGCUCCGCGACAAAGCCAGGCACAUAAGAAAGGAGACGGGAGAUGACCGCUGGAAGUCACCCAUGGAGAACUCGACCAAGUCCCUCGUGGAAACUCUAAAGUUCUCCCUUCUACGACCGUUCCAGCUUCUUAUUUUCGAGCCCAUGUGUCUUUUGCUCUGUCUCUUUUCAGCGAUCUUGCUAGGCGUCCUCUACCUAUUCUUCGGGGCGUUUCCUCUGGUAUUUGGACAGAAUCAUGGCUUCAACCUUUGGCAGACUGGAUUGUGCUUCCUCGGUAUCUUCGUUGGAAUGCUCAUAUCCUCGGCAUCUGAUCCCGUGUGGCGCAAGAUAAACCACCGACUCUUGGAACAGAAUAAUGGGGUGGCCGAGCCGGAACAUCGAUUACCUCCCGCAAUCGGCGGCGCGGUCCUAUGUCCUAUGGGGCUAUUUAUCUUCGCGUGGACCUCCUAUCCGUCGGUCCACUGGAUCGGUCCUAUCAUUGGAUCCGGCAUUUUCGGAUGUGGUACGCUGUUGGUAUUUACCGGAAUCUUCACCUUCCUUGUGGAUGCGUACCCGUACCAUGCUGCUUCAGCACUUGCUGCCAAUAGCUUUACUAGGUGUACCUUCGGUGCUGCUUUCCCUCUCUUCGGGAUACAGAUGUACAACAAACUCGGGUUCCAAUGGGGAUCAAGCUUGCUAGCUUUCCUUACCGUGGCAAUGAUGCCAUUCCCUUACCUCUUCUAUAAGUACGGGAAGGAGAUUCGGAAGAGGAGCAGGUUCGCAAAAUAGACAUUUGCAAGGGCUUACCGCUUGAAUUUGGACUUUUGGAUUGGGCUAUUUGGAACGUGGCUUCACGCCUAUCGCCUAUCGAAUCCCUUAGACACUCGAAUUGUGCAGCUGUGCUCACCUAGGACUGUUGCCCUAAAUAUAUCUGGUAGAAUCUCAAGGAGGUUUUCAUGUUUUCAAGGAAUUUUACUAGUCAUAAAUAUAAGAAAAGCGGGGGAGGUUGUCAGUAUCUUCGAAACCCCUUUUCGACUGUAUCUACCACAUGAUAGUUGAAAAGAAAUAAAACAAAAAUCACCAGAACAGUUGUACCUGAAAGAUAGCAGGGGGCCUUAAAAUUAAACCACAUACACUGUACACAUCUAACAUAUGAACACGAAUAGGGGUUCGAGAUAAUCAUUAA